ACAGCUGCACCAACAACAACCACAGCUGCCCCAGCUACAACCACAGCUGCUCCAACAACAACCACAGCUGCCCCAGCUACAACCACAGCUGCUUCAACUACAACCACAGCUGCCCCAGCUACAACCACAGCUGCACCAACAACAACCACAGCUGCACCAACAACAACCACAGCUGCUCCAACAACAACCACAGCUGCUCCAACAACCACAGCUGCACCAUUAACAACCACAGCUGCACCAACAACAACCACAGCUGUACCAACAACAACAACCAUAGCUGCACCAACAAUAACCACAGCUGCACCAACAUCAACCACAGCUGCACCAACAACAACCACAGCUGCACCAACAACAACCACAGCUGCUCCAACAACAACCACAGCCACACCAACAACAACCACAGCUGCACCAACAACAGCCACAGCUGCCCCAACAACAACCACAGCUGCACCAACAACAACCAAAGCUGCACCAACAACAACCACAAGGUCACCAACAACAACCACAGCUGCGCCAACAACCACAGCCGCUCCAACAUCAACCACAGCUGCUUCAACAACAACCACAGCUGCACCAACAACAACCACAGCUGCUUCAACUACAACCACAGCUGCCCCAGGUACAACCACAGCCGCACCAACAACAACCACAGCUGCCCCAGCUACAACCACAGCUGCUCCAACAUCAACCACAACUGCACCAAAAACCACAGCUGCUUCAACUACAACAACAGCUGCCCCAGGUACAACCACAGCUGCACCAACAACAACCACAACCACAGCUACACCAACAACAACCACAGCUGCACCAACAACAACAACAGCUGCACCCACAACAACCACAGCUGCUUCAAAAACAACCACAGCUGCACCAACAACAACCACAGCUGCCCCAGCUACAACCACAGCUGCUCCAACAUCAACCACAACUGCACCAACAACCACAGCUGCUUCAACUACAACCACAGCUGCCCCAGCUACAACCACAGCUGCACCAACAUCAACCACAGCUGCACCAACAACAACCACAGCUGCACCAACAACAACCACAGCUUCUCCAACAACAACCACAGCUGCACCAACAACAACCACAGCUGCUUCAACAACAACAACAGCUGCACCAACAACAACCACAACUGCACCAACAACCACAGCUUCUUUAACUACAACUACAGCUGCCCCAGCUACAACCACAGCUGCACCACCAACAACAACCACAGCUGCACCAACAACAACCACAGCUGGACCAACAACCACAGCUGCUCCAACAACAACCACAGCUGCUCCAACAACAACCACAGCUGCACCAACAUCAACCACAGCUGCACCAACAAAAAUGACAGCUGCACCAACAACAACCACAGCUGCUCUAACAACAAACACAGCUGCACCAACAACAACCACAGCUUCACCAACAACAGCCACAGCUGCCCCAACAACAACCACAGCUGCACCAACAACAACGACAGCUGCUUCAACUACAACCACAGCUGCCCCAGCUACAACCACAGCUGCACCAACAUCAACCACAGCUGCACCAACAACAACCACAGCUGCACCAACAACAACCACAGCUUCUCCAACAACAACCACAGCUGCACCAACAACAACCACAGCUGCACCAACAACCACAGCUGCCCCAACUACAACCACAGCUGCCCCAACAUCAACCACAACUGCACCAACAACCACAGCUGCUUCAACUACAACCACAACUGCCCCAGCUACAACCACAGCUGUACCAACAACAACCACAGCUGCACCAACAACAACCACAGCUGCUCCACCAAAAACCACAGCUGCUCCAACAACAACCACAGCUGCACCAACAACAACCACAGCUGCUUCAACAACAACAACAGCUGCACCAACAACAACCACAACUGCACCAACAACCACAGCUUCUUUAACUACAACUACAGCUGCCCCAGCUACAACCACAGCUGCACCAACAACAACCACAGCUGCACCAACAACAACCACAGCUGGACCAACAACCACAGCUGCUCCAACAACAACCACAGCUGCUCCAACAUCAACCACAGCUGCACCAACAAAAAUGACAGCUGCACCACCAACAACCACAGCUGCUCUAACAACAAACACAGCUGCACCAACAACAACCACAGCUGCACCAACAACAGCCACAGCUGCCCCAACAACAACCACAGCUGCACCAACAACAACGACAGCUGCACCAACAACAACCACAGCUGCACCAACAACAACCACAGCUGCCCCAACAACAACCACAGCUGCGCCAACAACCAGAGCCGCUCCAACAUCAACCACAGCUGCUUCAACUACAACCACAGCUGCCCCAGGUACAACCACAGCCGCACCAACAACAACCACAGCUGCCCCAGCUACAACCACAGCUGCUCCAACAACAACCACAGCUGCCCCAGCUACAACCACAGCAACCACAGCUGCACCAACAGCAACCACAGCUAUACUAACAACAACAACAACCAUAGCUGCACCAACAACAACCACAGCUGCAGCAACAUCAACCACAGCUGCACAUACAACAACCACAGCUGCCCCAACAACAACCACGGCUGCACCAACAACAACCACAGCUGCUCCAACAACAACCACAGCUGCACCAACAACAACCACAGCUGCCCCAGCUACAACCACAGCUGCUCCAACAUCAACCACAACUGCACCAACAACCACAGCUGCUUCAACUACAACCACAGCUGCACGAACAACAACCACAUCUGCACCAUCAACAACCACAGCUGCACCAACAACAACCACAGCUGCUCCAAAAACAACGACAGCUGCUCCAUCAACAACCACAGCUGCACCAACAACAACCACAGCUAUACCAACAACAACAACAAACAUAGCUGCACCAACAACAACAACCACAGCUGCACCAACAUCAACCACAGCUGCACCAACAACAACCACAGCUGCACCAACAACAACCACAGCUGCUCCAACAACAACCACAGCUGCACCAACAACAACCACAGCUGCCCCAACAACAACCACAGCUGCACCAACAACAACCACAGCUCUCCCAACAACAACCACAGCUGUGCCAACAACCACAGCCGCUCCAACAUCAACAACAGCUGCUUCAACAACAACCACAGCUGCACCAACAACCACAGCUGCCCCAGCUACAACCACAGCCGCACCAACAACAACCACAGCUGCCCCAGCUACAACCACAGCUGCACCAACAACAACCACAGCUAUACCAACAACAACAACAACCAUAGCUGCACCAACAACAACCACAGCUGCACCAACAUCAACCACAGCUGCACCAACAACAACCACAGCUGCCCCAACAACAACCACGGCUGCACCAACAACAACCACAGCUGCUCCAACAACAACCACAGCUGCACCAACAACAACCACAGCUGCCCCAGCUACAACCACAGCUGCUCCAACAUCAACCACAACUGCACCAACAACCACAGCUGCUUCAACUACAACCACAGCUGUCCCAGCUACAACCACAGCUGCACCAACAACAACCACAGCUGCACCAACAACAACAACCACAGCUGCGCCAACAACCACAGCCGCUCCAACAUCAACCACAGCUGCUUCAACAACAACCACAGCUGCAUCAACAGCAACCACAGCUAUACUAACAACAACAACAACCAUAGCUGCACCAACAACAACCACAGCUGCAGCAACAUCAACCACAGCUGCACAUACAACAACCACAGCUGACCCAACAACAACCACGGCUGCACCAACAACAACCACAGCUGCUCCAACAACAACCACAGCUGCACCAACAACAACCACAGCUGCCCCAGCUACAACCACAGCUGCUCCAACAUCAACCACAACUGCACCAACAACCACAGCUGCUUCAACUACAACUACAGCUGCACGAACAACAACCACAUCUGCACCAUCAACAACCACAGCUGCACCAACAACAACCACAGCUGCUCCAAAAACAACGACAGCUGCUCCAUCAACAACCACAGCUGCACCAACAACAACCACAGCUAUACCAACAACAACAACAAACAUAGCUGCACCAACAACAACCACAGCUGCACCAACAUCAACCACAGCUGCACCAACAACAACCACAGCUGCCCCAACAACAACCACGGCUGCACCAACAACAACCACAGCUGCUCCAACAACAACCACAGCUGCACCAACAACAACCACAGCUGCCCCAGCUACAACCACAGCUGCUCCAACAUCAACCACAACUGCACCAACAACCACAGCUGCUUCAACUACAACCACAGCUGUCCCAGCUACAACCACAGCUGCACCAACAACAACCACAGCUGCACCAACAACAACCACAGCUGCUCCAACAACAACCACAGCUGCUCCAACAACAACCACAGCUGCACCAACAACCACAGCUGCCCCAGCUACAACCACAGCCGCACCAACAACAACCACAGCUGCCCCAGCUACAACCACAGCUGCACCAACAACAACCACAGCUAUACCAACAACAACAACAACCAUAGCUGCACCAACAACAACCACAGCUGCACCAACAUCAACCACAGCUGCACCAACAACAACCACAGCUGCCCCAACAACAACCACGGCUGCACCAACAACAACCACAACCACAACUGCACCAACAACCACAGCUGCUUCAACUACAACCACAGCUGUCCCAGCUACAACCACAGCUGCACCAACAACAACCACAGCUGCACCAACAACAACCACAGCUGCUCCAACAACA